AUGCACCGUAAAGAGACCAUAAAAACAUAUGCUACGGAGUCUUCCAGAAAGUUGACUUAUGUAGGCAAUGGGGAGAACGGUACAAGAGCCAAAUUUACUCUUUUGGAUAUUGUACGGAUAUUGUUGGGUAUUCUAAUGCUGUACGGCGCGUUUCACAGAAUAUGCUAUAUGAGGUAUUGGGCUUCCAAAGAAGUAGCGCAGCAUGCUGGUAAAUACGUGCAACCUUCUGGUUACUGGAAGCUAAAGAACAUAGAUAUUCCACACAUGUUUUCCAGGGAAGAAUUGGCGGAAUACAGUUACAAAAAGAAGGAUUACGGGAUUGAAGAGGGCGAAACGCCCAUUCUUCUAUCCAUUAUGGGACGCGUAUAUGAUGUGUCUGCAUCACCAUUUUUUUAUGGGGUCCAUGGGCCAUAUAAAAUUUUUACAGGUCGUGACUGUUCAACGAUCUUUGGGUUGCCUAUGUGGGAUAUGAUGUCUUUGUCCAGUACAGAAUGUUCAAGAGACAUAUCUCAGCUUACAGAAGCGCAGAUUCGUAGGGUGGAGAGGUGGGAACAAUUCUACGAAAAUAAGUAUCCCUUUAUUGGAUAUUAUACUGAUAUAUAA